CGCGCGCGCACGUCACAGACACACACAUAUACACACACAUUCCCGCGACUGUGCUCACUGCCCCACUGAGUUCAAUGUUACGGUGACCAUCGUUGCUGCCUCUACACCGCUAUGGAGCGGUUCCUCAUAUUUAUUGCGAUGACAUCAUCAUUACUGGCGGGCGUGUUGCCCGAGGUCGCGCCGGGGGCCUCGCUGACCCCCGCGCCUACCCCGGCCGGGGGGCCAGCCACGGGGGCCGCAGGGGACUCGGCCGACUCCGCCGACGAGCCGCCUGAGGGAUACUACGCGUUCGUCGAGUCACCUAACGCCACUCCGCCCAGGGUGCGGCCGCCGCCAUACCGGCAGGUGCCGACGGAGUGCGCGGAGGCGGGCGCGGCGCGGGCGCACGUGACGGCACACAACCUGUGCGGCGACCUCAACCGCGGGGUCAUCCCGCGCAACCCCAUGCGGCAGAACCCCACUGGAGAGCCCUACCCCUUCGAGCUGAUCCGCAACCAGACGCUGCGGUUCCUGUCCCGCGCGCUGCCCGUGCUGCGCGCGGACGACACGCUGCCGCGCGUGCAGCACGUGCCCGCCGCGCCCCCGCCGCCCUCGCCUCCGCGCGGGGCGCACGCGCAGUACGCGCACGAGCUGGACGCGCAGGCAUACCUGCACGAUAACCGGCUGGAGGAGCGCAGUCGUCGGUCCCUGGAGGCUGCCAGCGAGCUGCGCGCCGAGCACCGCGCCGCCGGGGGCGGAGGCGGGGCGGAGCCCGACGCCACGGCGCCCGCGUCCCGGGACUCCCGCAAGUUCUGCGACGGCGGCGGAGUGUUCUGCAUGCUGUACCGCGCCAUCAACGGCGACGCCGGCGCCGCUUCCGCCGGCGUGGAGCGCCGCGAGGACCCCGGGCCGCACGCGGCGCACGCGCACGCCAGAUACGAGGGCCCGCCCACGCCGUGCCCCGCGCGCGUGGAGUACGCCACGCCCGUGUUCGCGCGCAACUACCAGGGCGUGUGGCGGUACGUGGUGCAGAUACCCUACGAAGGGUACUUCACGCAGACUGUUGAAGUCACCAGAUGCAUGCAGUCCCGCUGCCACUACCUGGAGGGCGGCUGCCUCAGCUCCCCGCGCUGGGUGUCGCUGCUGGUGGCGGAGCUGCACUACCCGCAGGUACCGUACACCCCACAACAACCACGGCACACAUUAUACGUGUUCUAUGGGGCGGGGGCGGCCAGCACGGACAAGCCGCCACACUGCGACGGACACGACGACAUGGGCUGCUUCCAGGUGCGUCUGUACUACGACUGGUUCCUGGUGCCGGGCUCGUGCAAGUGCUGGCGGCCCGACUACUUCGCGCGCUACGUGCGGCGCCGCCACGCCAGCCCCGACCUGUAGCCGCCCGCUGCAGCACCACGCAACACCACGCACAUCACAGCGCUCUGCCCUGGCAACAGCGCUCUCACGUCAGCGCCAUGCUCAAUAACUACUCACUUACUGCGCCAAAUGCGCUAAGUUCAAUAACUGCGCUCACUUACUUGCGCUAAGUUUAAUAACUGCGCUCACUUGCGCUAAAUGCGCCAAGUUCAAUAACUGCGCUCACUUACUUGCGCCAAGUUCAAUAACUGCGCUCACUUACUUGCGCUAAAUGCGCCAAGUUCAAUAACUGCGCUCACUUACUUGCACUAAGUUCAAUAACUGCACUCACUUAAACAUAAACAUAAAUAGCCUAUAUACGUCCCACUGCUGGGCACAGGCCUCCUCUCAAUCAACCGGAGAGGGUAUGGAGCAUACUCCACCACGCUGCUCCACUGAGAUUUGAUAAUAUACAGGAUAGCUUAUUUAAAUAAAUGCUUCUAAUCAAGAAACUUAAAUAUAAAUGCCUACUGUAAACAAUUUCUGAUAAUCAAUCACGCUGUAAGCCUAGAUAACCAUUACUAUAAUAAAUAGUCGUAAGUAUAGAAAUAUUUCAAGUAAGUACACUUAUAAUGUAAUAAUACUUUACAUUUCAUAACCCCGUAAAAUCUCAUUUUCCAUACGAAAGUGAGUAUAUAAUUUGAUUAAAUCUUCUCCUUGUUCCUAAAUAUGUGCUGGUAACAAUUUUAUCAACUCAACACUUUUAGAUUAAGUACAUACUUAUUUAUAAUAAUUAUUAAAUAUUAUCCACUAUCGUGGUGUGACGUAGUCGGUGCUAGGCGAAAUGUAAGUUGUGACUGUAAGACUGUAUCUAUAGUACUUAGUUAUAAUUUAUUCCAAGUAAUUAUAGUUUAUUGUGGACACCAAACUAUCUUUAGGAAUCGACUGGACUGUUGAUAAUCUCAUAUUUAUUUAAUUUAUUAAUUUGCCAUGCUGGUAAAGUUCAUUUCCGGUUGAAUUUACGUCACCCAUAAUUUCGUCAGAAAUAUUUUCAUUGGUCAUACCUUUUAUUUUAAUACAUCUUUUCAUUGUUUUUGUUUUGAAUUACGUGGAAAGGUGAUGUACGAAUGACGUAAGUAGUUCUGAAUUAAUGACGGCCGGAAAUUAGACCGGAAGUGACGCUUCGUUAGAAUGACAUGUAUACUGGUGCUCAUUUAAUAACUAUUAAGUAUUUAAUUAUAUAAUACGCCGAUAAAAUAUAAAUCAUAGAUUUAGUACAUGGACGUUCAUGCGCAUUUCGUAAUUAAUACACCCUGUAAAUGCUAGCUAGUUCAUAGCAGUUGAGCCACCAUGAUAGAUACAGGGGGCUCUAUUCGAGAAUUCCCUCACCUUUUCAGCCAUAUCAUUAAUUUCUUGCCAGUUAUAACCAGCCACGUUUGGAUCAUUUAAAUAAUACUUUUUAAUUCAAUUGCGUUACGUAAAGAAUGAAGCCUUCUGUCACUUGCUUUACAUUCCAUUGUCCAUGCUACAUCUAUGAUAAUUAGUCUUAAAUUAGAAUUAUAUCCGCUCAAUGUGCAUUUAUAAUUUGUAAUCUAGUUGUAAGCGUCCUAGUGGUUAUUGUAACUGUACGUAGCAUACGUUAUGCUUUAUCGAUGUACUUAUAUCAGAUUCGAACAAUUAAAAAGCACUUUCACGUA